CCUCUGUGUGACCAGACUCCAGGCCCUGCGCCCCCUGCCUCAUAGGGGGAUUGUCAGCCACCUGCCAGCCCCGGACCAGGCUGCCUCUCUGAAGCCUUUGCAGGAACCCUCGUCUUCCGUGGCGCCAGAUCGACUCUAACCACUGCACCACUGCAUCCUUCUGGGAGCUCUGAACACAGACCGCCCUGAGGUGCCGAGACUUCUCUCCCGGCCUGCCCACCCAGACCCCUCUUCUGAGCCAUGGACCCUGGCUGUCCUGCACCCCCCUGGCUGUGGUGGCUCCUUCUGGUCCCCAUAGCGCCUGCGCAGCGGGCCGCCCUCCCCCAGGCGGAGGACCGCCUCUUCAAACACCUCUUCAGUGGCUACAACCGCUGGGCGCGGCCGGUGCCCAACACCUCGGACGUGGUGAUCGUGCGCUUCGGCUUGUCCAUAGCCCAGCUCAUUGACGUGGAUGAGAAGAACCAAAUGAUGACCACCAACGUCUGGCUCAAGCAGGAGUGGAACGACUACAAGUUGCGCUGGAACCCCGCGGACUUCGGCAACAUCACCUCCCUCCGCGUCCCCUCUGACAUGAUCUGGAUCCCCGACAUCGUCCUCUACAACAAUGCAGAUGGGGAGUUCGCAGUGACACACAUGACCAAGGCUCACCUCUUCUCCACGGGCACCGUGCACUGGGCGCCGCCGGCCAUCUACAAGAGCUCCUGCAGCAUCGACGUCACCUUUUUCCCCUUCGACCAGCAGAACUGCAAGAUGAAGUUCGGCUCGUGGACCUACGACAAGGCCAAGAUCGACCUGGAGCAGAUGGAGCGCACGGUGGACCUGAUGGAGUACUGGGAGAGCGGCGAGUGGGCCAUCGUCAACGCCACGGGCACUUACAACAGCAAGAAGUACGACUGCUGCACGGAGGUGUACCCCGACGUCACCUACUACUUCGUCAUCCGCCGCCUGCCUCUCUUCUAUACCAUCAACCUCAUCCUGCCCUGCCUGCUCAUCUCCUGCCUCACCGUGCUGGUCUUCUACCUGCCGUCCGACUGCGGCGAGAAGGUCACGCUCUGCAUCUCCGUGCUGCUCUCGCUCACCGUCUUCCUGCUGCUCAUCACCGAGAUCAUCCCGUCCACGUCGCUCGUCAUCCCGCUCAUCGGCGAGUACCUGCUCUUCACCAUGGUCUUCGUCACACUCUCCAUCAUCAUCACUGUCUUCGUGCUCAACGUGCACCACCGCUCCCCGGGAACCCACCAGAUGCCCCGCUGGGUGCAGGGUGUCUUCCUGGGCUGGGUGCCCCGCUGGCUGCUGAUGAGCCGGCCCCCUCCCCUGGGGGAGCCCCGGGAGCCCCCUGACUCGAAGCUCAGCUCCUCCUACUGCUGGCUGGAGAGCAACGUGGAUGCGGAGGGCAGUGGGGAGGAGGAGGAGGAGGAAGAGGAGGAGGAGGAGGAGGAGGGCACUGGCGGGUGGGUGUGUGCCCGGCCCCCACUCCCUUCCCUGGGGGUCUUCUACAGCCAUGGCGGAUUGCCUCCGGUGCUCCCGAGCUCUCGGGGGCAGGAGAGUGAGUUCUUGCUAUCAGCCCGUGUGCAGAAGGUGCUGGAAAGUGUGCACUACAUAGCGGAUCACCUGCGGGCCGAGGACGCCGACUCGUCUGUGAAGGAAGACUGGAAGUACGUGGCCAUGGUCAUCGACAGGAUAUUCCUGUGGCUCUUCAUCAUCGUCUGCUUCCUGGGCACCAUCGGACUCUUCCUCCCUCCCUUCUUGGCGGGAAUGAUCUGACCCCCUAGCCCUGCACCCCCCUGCUGCCCGCCUCUCUAGCAGCUUUGGGGGGCCACACCACCCCUCAAGGGGCCCCACCGUCCCAGGAUGCCCCCGAGAGAAAGAGAAGAGAAGGGGCUCCCCAUGCAGGGCUGAGAUAGUAGUGGGAAGGGGGCAUGCUAGAGGGCUUCCGGACUGGGGUUGGGGGGGGGGUGCAGACGCUGACUGCCCCAGAUUCCUAACUGGUGGGUGCUAUGGAAACGGGUGGGAAGGCUGGAAGAUGCCCGAAGUGAAUGGCCAGCUUGUGGGCGGGGCCUUGGGCAGAGCAUGGGAGCAGUGUGUGGGGGCGGAGCUUGUGGGAAGUGGGCGGGGCAUAGACUGUGAGGGCGGAGCCACGGAGUCUGACCUUGGGGAAGAGAAGUUCAUUCAGAGUUUGAGCUGCGGUUGAGUGACCAGGCCUUUGCGGGAGGUCAGUCAGGUCCCCGCCUGUGGGGUGGAGGUGUAGGGUGCAGAAAGCUGGGGCUGCCCUAGCCACGUGGGAAACAUCUGAAGAUCCCCUAGGCCCCCCUCCUGGCCCCCAGCAAAAUGCUGGGUGUCAGCCAGCCCCUGCGGGGUAGCAGCCGGCCUCCCUGGGAACCCCUGUACAGGGGACCUCGGUCCUCGGGAUCGUCAGGAAUUGUCAUUGCUGACCACCUCCACCGCAGUCGCUCCUCCCGUGCCCUGGUACCCUGCUCUGGAGCUUGGCCGUCAACAGGGCCCCCGUGGACUGGGCAUCUGGAGGGCAACCCGGCUUGCUUUGUACCCUAGAUCUCUGCAACUGUCCCGGGGGGGUUCCGCCGCCCAGACGCCUCUCAGGAGCUGCUCCUGCAGUUCUGAAGGGAGCAAUCCCGGAAUCUCGGGGAUGGGGCGGGGUGGGGGCGGCUACACGCUGGAGACCAGCUCCUACCCCCAGUAGCUAACAGACACGAGCUUGGGCAACCCCCCGAGAGGCAGCUGACUUUCUUUUGACCCUUGGGGCUCCUUCCUUCUAACAACCCCCUCACUGGCCCCUGGAACCCCAAGCCUGUCACCUUCCUGGACCCCCACUCUGUACUCUCUGGAUUCUGAGUCCGGAUCCCGGCCCUCUCCCCCCAGCCCAGCCUGCAUGCGAGUAAAGAGAUGAAGUGAAGUUGCUGUCGCUCAUUCAGCUGGGGGCCCCUCGGCAUCACCCUAGGGUCCACAAGCUUCCCCCAAGCCUCAGAUGUCUGGGUCCCAGCUGGGAGAGCCAUAGGGUGGGAGGGCACUGUCCUAGAUACCCCCUUGGAAAGAUGC